CGGCAGGCCGAAACUAGGAAGAAACUUGGAGCUGCCGAGGUCCGGGUCGGAGUCGCCGCCACCGUGCCCCGUGGCCGGCGCCGCGCGGAGCUGUGGAGGCCUGGCCAUGGGGCGGCGCCGGGCUCGCGCGGCCUAGGCGUGCGGGCUCCGCGGACGGGCGGGGCGCGGGCGAGCGGGAGCCGCGGCCACCGCCGGCCUGGGCUCCGGCGGCAUCAUGAACAUCGACGUUGAGUUCCACAUCCGACACAACUACCCCUGGAGCAAGUUGCCAGCUAACGUGAAGCAGAGUCUUGGAAACUCACAGCGAGAAUAUGAAAAGCAGGUUGUCCUGUACAGUAUCCGCAACCAGUUGCGCUACAGAAAUAACCUAGUUAAACAUGUCAAGAAAGACGAGCGCAAAUACUAUGAGGAGCUGCUGAAAUACAGUCGUGACCAUCUCAUGCUGUACCCUUACCACUUAUCUGACAUUAUGGUGAAGGGCCUAAGGAUAACACCGUUUUCAUACUACACUGGGAUCAUGGAGGACAUCAUGAACAGUGAGAAAAGUUAUGAUUCAUUGCCUAAUUUUACUGCUGCUGACUGUCUGCGGCUUCUUGGCAUAGGAAGAAACCAGUACAUCGACCUGAUGAAUCAGUGUAGGUCUUCAAAGAAAUUCUUCAGAAGGAAAACUGCCCGUGAUCUUCUACCGGUAAAGCCAGUGGAAAUUGCCAUCGAGGCAUGGUGGGUGGUACAGGCUGGAUAUAUCACAGAAGAUGACAUCAAGAUAUGUACUUUCCCUGAGAAAGGCGCUAUUGAUAAGAUCAUCGACUCUGGCCCACAACUCUCUGGGUCACUAGAUUACAACGUGGUACACAGUUUGUAUAACAAAGGCUUUAUUUAUCUGGAUGUACCCAUAUCAGAUGACAGUUGUAUAGCUGUUCCUCCUCUGGAAGGGUUCGUAAUGAAUCGGGUACAAGGAGAUUAUUUUGAAACUCUGCUCUAUAAGAUAUUUGUGUCAAUAGAUGAGCACACUAAUGUCGCGGAGCUGGCAAAUGUCCUUGAGAUAGACUUGUCACUGGUGAAGAAUGCUGUUUCAAUGUAUUGCCGAUUGGGUUUUGCCCAUAAGAAGGGACAAGUAAUAAACUUGGAUCAACUUCAUUCAUCAUGGAAGAAUGUUCCCUCUGUGAACAGAUUAAAGAGCACUCUAGACCCACAGAAGAUGCUUUUGUCAUGGGAUGGUGGGGAGAGUAGGAGCCCUGUGCAAGAAGCUUCUUCAGCUACUGACACUGAUACAAAUAGUCAAGAAGACCCAGCUGACACAGCCAGUGUAAGCAGUUUGAGUCUGUCCACUGGGUAUACAAAGCGCAUUGCAUUCUUAUUUGACUCUACUCUUACUGCAUUUUUAAUGAUGGGAAAUCUUUCACCGAACCUGAAAAGUCACGCGGUCACCAUGUUUGAAGUCGGCAAACUCUCGGAUGAGUCCCUGGACAGCUUCCUGGUAGAACUGGAGAAGGUUCAGAGCACUGGUGAGGGAGAAGCACAGAGAUACUUCGAUCACGCGCUUACUCUGAGGAACACGAUCCUUUUUCUGCGGCAUAAUAAAGACCUGGUUGCUCAGACUUCUCAGCCAGACCAGCCCAGUUACGGUUUUCCCCUGGAUCUCUUACGCUGCGAAAGCCUUCUUGGUUUGGACCCAGCGACUUGCAGCAGAGUUCUCAACAAAAAUUACACACUGCUUGUUUCCAUGGCACCGCUCACUAAUGAAAUCCGGCCAGUUAGCAGCUGUACCCCUCAGCAUAUUGGACCAGCUAUCCCAGAAGUGAGUUCUGUCUGGUUUAAAUUGUAUAUUUACCAUGUCACUGGGCAAGGACCACCAUCUCUCUUAUUGUCCAAAGGUACAAGACUUCGGAAACUUCCAGAUAUAUUCCAGGGCUAUGAUCGGCUACUUAUAACCUCUUGGGGCCAUGAUCCAGGGGUAGUUCCUACGUCAAAUGUGCUCACGAUGCUGAAUGAUGCUUUAACACACUCUGCAGUGCUAAUUCAGGGACAUGGUUUGCAUGGGGUAGGAGAAAUUGUCCAUAUACCAUUUCCAUUUGAUGAAGCAGAGCUACAAGGAGCAUUUACCCGUGCCAGCAUGGGCGUCCACACAGCAUUGCAGACCCUGAGGGACAAAGUGGACUUGCAGCAUUUCUGUGGCUAUGUCACCAUGUUGAAUGCUUCUAGCCAGCCAGCAAAUAGAAAGCUCAGUGACGCUUCUGAUGAGAGAGGCGAGCCUGAUUUGGCUUCUGGUUCAGACGUAAAUGGGAGUACAGAGUCAUUUGAAAUGGUCAUUGAGGAAGCAACCACAGAUUCAGCAAUAAAACAAAACUCCGGGGCCACAGCAGAAGCAGAUUGGGUUCCUCUUGAGCUGUGUUUUGGAAUUCCUUUGUUCAGUUCUGAAUUAAACCGGAAAGUAUGUCAGAAAAUAGCUACACAUGGCCUUUGCAGAAGAGAGAGCCUUCAAAGCCUCUUACAUUCCAGUAGAAAACUGUCUCUACAGGUCCUUAACUUUGUUCACUCGUUCCAGGAAGGUGCUUCCACCCUGGAUCUUCACGCAGAGCCCAGCUUUCCCAGUGUGCUUUCCCAGUCGUCCUGCACGGAUAUGGGAGUUCCACUUCCUGCCAAAAACCUACUGUUUAAAGACGGCAUCUUGUCAGAGUGGAGCGGACGCUCGCCUUCCUCCCUUCUCGUUGCUAACCUCCACUUGCAAUAAUAGUUUGAUUACACCGUUUAUUGCUCACACGUUCUGCCUUUUUCUUUCUUGACGUUGGCUUUACAGUGCCAGCUACCAAGAGCGUCCUGCUGCUGCGUCGCGGUCUGUGCGUCACUGUAGGAAGUGCUCAGAGUGUGCCCCGUUUUCCAAAGCUGUGGUGGUGUUGCACAUCUCACUGCAGCGCAGCAGCCAGCACUGCGUUUUUACCUUGAGACAAUCUGCAUUUCUUUUAUAAAACUAAGGGUACACUUUAUAGGCUUUAGCUGACUGUCAGGGUUAUAAGCAGUCACGAUGAAUAUUGCAGUGGUAGUUUUUAUAUGUUAGUUUCUCAGACAUAAACCUGGUUUAAUUUUAUAUUUUGUUAUCUACACUAAGGGGAUCAUAGGAGGUGAUGGAACUCUUCCUCCAACAGGUAGUCACGCUAGAAAAUGGCCAGCACCCAGCAGUCAGAGGUCUCUACCAGGGCAUUAAGGGUUCCUGUGGAUGUCUGUAAAUUAUGUAUGCCAAGUGAACAUGAUUGGGGGAAUGUCAGUCACCAUAGUUAUGUAAACUUAACCUUGAUUUAUUAAGGUCUUAACUGACUACUCAUUGACAUCUCAUGAGAAGCUUUGGAAAACAUUCUAUUUUUUAAAUGAUGUUUGUAUGUGGACUUCUGUUGCCACUCAACUUUGGGCUUUAUAUUUUCAUAGAGUCUUUAUGGAAAAACUAGAGUUUAUUUUCCACUUGUAGUUGAGGCUGUUGCAUGUCUCAUUUUGUCUUGUAGCUUUACCAGUCAACUGUUAGGACAACUGACUUUGAUUUCAAAGCAAGGGUAGUGGUUGGGAACUGCACAGUAGCAGCGCUAGGGCUGUCUUUGGACUCAGCUCCAAGGUAAGGAGAGUCUGCACGCACAGCCCCCGGACCCAAAGGCUAGACACAGCCCUGGGGGAGGGGACAGCGGGGAAAGCACUGGCGGUGUCAUGGGCUUCUUGGGGAGUUAGUUCUCUCAGCAUCUCAGAUGUCAGGGUAUUUGGAACCACGCUGACUUUUCAGGUCACCUCCCUUGGGGGUGUGCGGUGUUAGUUCAGCUCCCCUUAGAGGGCAAUGGCUUGCUAGUGUGAAACUGACCUAGCUAACAGGUCAGGCUUUAGGCUGUUUGAUAGUGGUUGAGCCUAACAGUUUUGCUGAUGGCUGUUGUUAUUUAUACAACUGAUAUUCAUGUAUUUAACAAACUUCUGGAAGUAUAUGCCUUUCUUGAAACCGUUCCAGUGGCCAGCAUGGCCUAUCUGUAGAGUUGAGUAUUGGACCAGGUUCCCUGCAGCACAGUUAGUGCUGUGUUUGGGCAAAUGCAGUAAUGUUUAGUUUUCUACUUUGUCUCAUGUAAGGAGGACUGUGUGUAUGUCACGUUUGUCUGUAAAGGAAAAGUACAUAGUGAUAUUAAAAUGAUUUCUGUAACUGUGAAGCACUCAUUAAUUCUUCCAAUAACUGAUACUGUACAUUCCUAGUGCUACUGGCUAUGUGUGUAUGUAACUUUUACAGUUCCAACUGAAAGUUGUAUUUCAUUUGAUCAGGGCUCUUUAAUCUCAUUUUAUUUUGCAUUGUUUGAGUUAGCUGUAGGUAUUUAUCCUUGUAUUAGCAGUUGAUCGCCAACUCUAAUGACAUGUACACUAAUAAAGAAUUGAACAGUUGUAGUUACAAUAGUGAGUCCGGUUAUUGCUGAGUUUAUAGCUUAAAAUAUGGGAGUGAUUUGCUGCUAUAAUUCCUUUGCAAAACACUGAAGGAACAGAUGUAACCUAACCACGAUCAUGAACUUCAGGGACAGUACUGAGAGGACACGUUUCAUAUCUGGUUUCUUGUUUGAAUGGGGAAGGUGGGGCCUUCGGAUUCUCAGCUGAUGCCCCGUCUUAGGAGGGACCAUUUUGCAUCUUUAGAGGAGAUGUGAGUGUGCUUUGCUUUGUGAAUACGGCCUGUUCCACUCAUGUUAGCUCAUGCAGAAAUGCUUCUGCUAAGUUGCUUAAAAAUAAAUAAGCAUAGACUUUGUUCUUUGCCAAAGAGAAUUGAGAGAUGUUGUAUCUAGGUACUUUGCAAAUGUUUAAUUCCAUUUGGCUUUCCAGCAUCUUCAUUCUUUCCCUCGCCCUUACUGUAGCUUGACCCAUGGCAAGCAAAUAUUUAGAAACCAAGAUAAAAAUAGAGCUAUUAAUAUCAAAAAGGGCAUACAGGUUAGCAGGGGUCCAGUCUCACCUCAUAGCUACAGAAGUGCAGCUUCUGUCAACCAAGAAGUUAGGGUCAGUUGAUUCUUAGAACGGUGGUUCUCAACCUGCGGGUCAUGACCCCUCAGAGGGGCCAAACGACCCCUUCACAGAGGUCACAUAUCAGAUAUUUACAAUUCAUAUCAGCAAAAUUACAGUUCUGAAGUAGCAACAAAAAUAACUUUAUGUUGGGGGUCAGCACAGCAUGAGGAACUGUGUUAUCGGACCGCACCGCUAGGGAGGCUGAGGACACUGCACUAGAGCUUUUGUUUAAAGUGUGUAGCCAGAUGGUUUUGUAUUUGUUUGAGGGAAGUGAUUUCUCUUACAGCGUGUUCUGUUUCCGCUGCCAUUCACAUUCAUUGUUAUGUUCAGGGUUUCAAUACACUUGGUAUUCAAGGAUGUUAAAGUACCAAAACUGUAACUCAGUACAGUGCAUUGUUUUCUGUCAUGAUGUUAAUACUAUACAAUGAAAUUGUAUAAAGUGUUGUCAAUGUGAUUAUUGACACAAAUAACAUGUUUACAAAUAAACUGUGGUGUUGAUCAAGUUGCCAUGGA